AUGUCUACUCAGCGACUGCGGAAUGAAGAUUACAAUGAUUAUAGUUCUACAGAGGUGAGCCCCUCUGAGACCCCUUCCAAUGGACUAGACAAUUUCUCCAAUUCAAGUUCCUACCAACGGUUUGGGGAAGUCAAUGGAACAACACGGCUCCAAACCUUGAUCCACUUACUGAAAGGGAAUAUUGGCACAGGUCUCCUGGGGCUGCCCCUGGCAGUGAAGAAUGCAGGCAUCUUGAUGGGCCCUCUUAGUCUGAUCGUGAUGGGCAUUGUGGCUACGCAUUGUAUGGGCAUCCUAGUGAAGUGUGCUCAUCACUUAUGCCGUAGGCUACAGAAACCCUUUUUGGAAUAUGGAGAUACAGUGAUGUAUGGGUUGGAAGCUAGUCCCAGCUCUUGGCUUCGAACUCAUUCCCUAUGGGGAAGGCGUAUUGUGAGUUUCUUCCUGAUUGUCACUCAGCUGGGCUUUUGCUGUGUAUAUUUUGUAUUUAUGGCUGACAACUUUAAACAGGUGGUAGAAGCAGCCAAUGGGACAACCAACAACUGCCAUAACAAUGAGACGGUGUUGCUGACACCCACCAUGGACUCCCGACUCUACAUGCUCACCUUCCUGCCCUUCUUUGUGCUGCUAGUUUUCAUCCGAAACCUCAAAGCCCUGACCUUCAUCUCAAUGUUGGCCAACAUUGCCAUGCUGGUCAGCCUUAUCAUGAUCUAUCAGCACAUUGUCCAGGGAAUCCCAGACCCUAGAAACUUGCCAUUGGUAGCAAAUUGGAAGACAUACCCUCUGUUCUUUGGUACAGCCAUAUUUGCCUUUGAAGGCAUUGGAGUGGUGCUUCCCCUGGAAAAUAAAAUGAAGGAUCCCCGGCAUUUUCCAGGCAUCCUGUAUCUGGGGAUGACUAUCAUUACCCUUCUCUACAUCACCCUGGGGUCCCUGGGCUACCUGCAGUAUGGAGCAGCUGUACAGGGCAGCCUAACCCUCAAUCUGCCCAAUUGCUGGCUGUACCAGUCUGUCAAGCUGCUUUAUUCCAUCGGAAUCUUUUUCACCUAUUCCCUGCAGUUCUAUGUCCCUGCAGAAAUCAUCAUCCCCUUUUUCGUCUCCCGGGUGACUGAGCGUUGGGCAUUGGUGGUUGACUUCUCUGUCCGCAUAGUCAUGGCCUCUCUAACAUGUGUCUUGGCCGUUUUGAUCCCCCGGUUAGACCUUGUCAUCUCCUUGGUGGGCUCUGUGAGCAGCAGUGCCCUGGCUCUGAUCAUCCCUCCACUCCUAGAGAUCACUACGUUUUACUCAGAAGGCAUGAGCCCCAUCACCAUUACUAAAGACAUCUUGAUCAGCUGCUUCGGCUUUGUUGGGUUCGUGGUGGGCACCUACCAAGCGAUCUAUGAGCUGAUCCAGCCAAGUGUAUCUCCUACCUUUUCCAACGUUACUAGUGCCUUUGUUCAAUGA